GGAAAUACGGCACAGGGGAACGCGGUGAGUUCCCCCUCUGUCACCCAUUUCCAGACAAUCUCGAAAAUCACCAGAAUGCAUAUUUCCCUCAACAAACGCGACUUCUCCAGCAACGACGCUGGCUUCAAUCUCAGCACCACCGGCAUUACCAGCAUUUGUAUUAUCGUCGUCCUCUUCAUCUCCGUGACAGGCUGUCUCUGUCUGCUCAACACACCAAGGAAACGGCAGGAAAGACUUGACCGCCUGCGUCGAAGCCAGCAUGCUGUUCGCACCGCGGACAAUCGACCAACGAGAGACCGCCUUCGAUCUCAUCGACCUUCAGGCUGGGAUGCCCAAAGGCUUUCCAACACCCAGAUCAAAUUUCCCGCUCAGGCAUAUGUUGUCGGCAAGGCUGUUGAGCCGUUUGAGCCUCCGCCAGCUUAUCAAGCAUGAGUGAUUAUGGGGCUGCUUCCGAGAACACCACAUAUCUCACACUGUCACCAUUCCUUGUUGGUAGAUACGGAGUUUAUGGUCUCAUAGACAUAAUACUAGGACUCAGGAUGGUGGCAUACUGCAUUGAUGAUGUAGUCGAAUCAUGGGGAGAGCCGGCCUUUUCAGUCUUUGGGAGAGGGAGGGAAAAUCUUACCAUUUCGAUAAG